GCUGCAAGCAAGUGGUUAUAUAAUCCAUUUUUGCAGCUUGUUUAUUUUGGGAGAUUAGAUGAUGGAUCAAAGACAAAUAUAGUGUCACACAAACGUUAAUUAAGAGUCACAACGUCUCUCUUUUUCCUCGUUAUUUAUUCUUGUUAUUUCAUUCCUCUUUCACAUUCAUUAGAAAAAAAAAACCAUUUUUUUAACAAGACAUGCCUGAUUCUGGUGGGCAGCCAGAUAUUAAUGGAAAUAAACGACAAGCAGAUGCGUCAAUGAGUCCCAUUCCGCAAAUUGUGUUGACAGAACCCACUUCCAGCUCCCUUAUCGAACCAACGAAUGUUUCACUACGUCAGACCACAGCGGCUUUGCCUCUAACCAAGGACUUACUACAGCGUAAAAACAAACUGGAUCGGUUAUUGAUACAGAAAGAAAAGAACAGCCAACAACAGGAUUAUUUCUCGCCAAGUAGUGCAGUAACAGCAGGUUUAGGGAUAUCCACACCAAAUGAUCGCUUAUCAGGCCUACGAUCACGCCGUAUCAAUUCAUCCCGAAUUUCCCAUUCAAACCGAAGUGAACCCGAAAAAUCUCAGCAUCACAGCGAAUGGAGUUACGAUCUGGAUGCAUUUAAAUCAAGUACAUCAGGAUCCUCCAAAGGAAAGAAUAACAAAAAUGCUGCUACAUCCAUCAGCGGUUCAUCGAAUCGCAAUAGUGUUUCAAUGCGAGCCUAUAGUGCUAAUCAUCGCUAUAUGGAUAAACAAUCCGAGAAACCAAGCCCGAAUUACGAAAGACCAGAUCAACAUUUACUUAAAUCUGACAACAAGAGUAAAUAUUAUUUAUUGGACCUUUUAUACCAUGCUGUGAUUAGAGUCGUGCAUUCUCGCGCACCAGAAGCAAAAAAUGUAUCUAAACAAGAGAAUUUUGACUUCAGUCAGCAGGAGGAGCACGUCAAUAUUUUGAAACCAGACUCGCCCAAAUUCUCUCUAUCCAAUGAAAAAACACAGCAACUUUCUGCAUCACCUAACCUAAUAAAUCAUAGUAACAGAAAUAGCAAUCGAUUCUCCUGGCUGUCCGUCAAUACAAGCAUAGAUGGAAAAUCAAUCGAUUACGAAUCCACCAUAGAAAAAAAGUUGUCUUUACACGAAGCCCCUUUAAUUAUACCACCACCAAAACCAAGUUCUUCGUCAUGGGAACCACUUAUGCCAAACCCUCUUCAGGGAAACUCAUUGUAUAUUUUCACACCAAACAAUAAAUUUCGCACCUUUGUUUGGAAGACCAUCCGUAAUAGGUAAAUAAUACUUUUUGAUGCCUCACGUUUUUUUUUUUGUUACCCCUAAAAGUUAAACAAAAAGUUUCAAGAUAUGUAGAAACAUGUAUUUUCUUUUUAAUGAUACU